AGAGAGAGAGUGAGAGAAAGAGAGGGAGAGGGGAAAAAGCGCCUGAAUCAAUCUCUCUCCUCCCUGUGACGUCGCUCGGUCUCGUCCCGGGGUGCGCUGCUCUUUGGUCCCGUCUCAGCAGAAACCACUUUAGUUGCUGCCUCGACUGUCCACUUCAACCUACGGUGCGACGCGCGCGGUGUGGUGCGGUGCGGCGAGGUGCGUUUGUGGGUACCCGGUGUCCUUCUACUCCACGCUGCUCGUCUUGUCCCACAUAUCAGUGAACUGUUUCCACACUCUGCUCGAAGAGAUAGGAGAGAACCUGAGGCGCUGAGUAAGAAGGAGAGGGCGGAAAGGAGAAGGAGAGAGAAAGACAGUGGAAGAAAGAGGAGGAGAGAAGAGGAAAGAGGUCUCCGUAGUCCCCUCUCCCUCCUCGGGCUGAACCUCCGCCGAGAAGAUGCUGAGAAUAGCCGGCGUUUUGGCUGUAGUGGCUCUGGCGUUGAGCGCUGCUCACACCAAAGUGAAUAAACACAAGCCGUGGAUUGAGACAUCGUACCAUGGGGUGAUCACUGAAAACACUGACAUCGUUCUGCUGGAUCCUCCUCUGGUGGCCCUGGAUAAAGACGCCCCCAUUCCUUACGCAGGGGAGAUCUGUGCGUUCAACAUCCAUGGUCUGGAGGCUCCGUUCAAAGCAGUAGUGCUGAAUGGCACGUCCGGCGAGGGCCAGCUGAGGGCCCGCGGCCUGGUGGACUGCGAGCUGCAGAAGGAGUACACCUUCAUCAUCCAGGCUCACGACUGUGGGUCGGGCCCUGGGGGCAUGGAGGGCAAGAAGUCUCACAAGGCGGUGGUGCAUAUCCAGGUCAACGAUGUGAAUGAGUUUGCUCCUGUGUUCCGGGAGCCCCAGUACCACGCCGCAGUGACAGAGGGCAAGAUUUAUGACAGCAUCCUGCAGGUAGAGGCCGCCGACCAGGACUGUUCACCACAGUACAGCCAGAUCUGUAACUACCAGAUCACCACAACCAGCACACCCUUUGCUAUAGAUCGCAAUGGUAACAUUCGGAACACAGAGAAGCUGAGCUACGAUCGGCAGCAGCAGUAUGAGAUCCAGGUGACGGCCUGGGACUGCGGCCAGAAGAGGGCACUGCACAGCGUCCCUGUUCGCAUAGACGUCAAGCCUGUCUGCAAACCCGGCUGGCAAGGUUGGAAUAAACGAGUGGACUAUGAGCCUGGAACGGGCAGUAAGCAGCUGUUUCCUAAGAUGCACCUGGAGACCUGUGGUGGGCCGCUGUCAUCUGUGAGGACCACAGUAGAGCUGCAGACCAGCCACAUUGGGAAGGGCUGUGACCGGGAAACCUACUCUGAGAAAUCUCUACAGAAACUCUGUGGGGCCUCCUCAGGCAGCACUGACCUUCUACCUGCCCCCAGCACUGCCACGAACUGGACAGCUUCCCUGGUGACUGACAGCGGGAGGGACAGCGACUUGAUCUUCAGGUUUGACGGUCGUCAGGCUGCAAAAAUCCCAGACUGGGUGGUACCCCAGAAUCUGACAGACCAGUUCACCAUAGCAACGUGGAUGAAGCAUGGACCCAGUCCUGGGCUCAGAGCUGAGAAGGAGACACUACUCUGUAACUCAGACAAGACUGAGAUGAACCGUCAUCACUACUCACUGUAUGUCCAUAAUUGCCGCUUGGUGUUUCUGCUGAGGAGAGACUUCACACAGGUGGACACAUUCAGACCAGCCGAGUUCCACUGGAAACUGGAGCAGAUCUGUGACAAGGAGUGGCAUUACUACGUCAUCAACGUGGAGUUCCCAGUGGUGAUGCUCUAUGUGGACGGAGUGACCUACGACCCCUACCUGGUGACAGAUGACUGGCCCAUCCACCCCUCACAGAUUGAUGUGCAGCUGACAGUUGGGGCCUGCUGGCAAGGCGGAGAGGUGACCAAGCCACGGUUCACUCAGUAUUUCCGGGGCAGCCUAUCUGGACUGACGAUCCGACCUGGGAAGAUUGAGAGUCAGAAAGUUAUUUCCUGUCUGCAGGCCUGCAAAGAGGGACUGGACAUCAACUCCCUUGAGAGCCUGGAUAAGAACAUAAAGUUCCACUUUAACCCAGCUCAGUCUAUCCUGGUAAUGGAGGGAGAGGACUUGGAGAACAUGAACACUGCUGUGAGGAAAGUCUCCUACAUCAACUCUCGACAGUUUCCCACGCCAGGCAUCCGGCGUCUGCGCAUCUCCACUACUGUCCAGUGCUUUGGUGAAGACACUUGUAUCACCAUCCCCGACAUCGAUGCAGUGGUAAUGGUGCUGCAGCCUAGUGAGCCCAGGAUCACCAUCACAGGAUUGGAGAGACUGAGCCGGCCAGCUUCCGACCUCAGAGCGCCAGGCGGCAUAGCUCUGUUCCAGGACCUUCAUAUCAUCAGCACAGUCACCAGGGCAGAUGCCACUGCACAUAACACAGCACGUCGACCUGGGGUGCUGGAGGAGAUCAUUCAUAACUUGGACUACUGUGAUAUCCUGGUGCUGGGGGAGGAGCUGAGGCCAGGGCAGGAGUCUCUCCAACUGCAGCGAAGUGCUUUGCUUGGAAAACACCUUGAUGCCACCAACUCCACCUCUGGCAUGUCCAUAUAUGGUGUAGACUCCAUGUCCAACUAUGAACAGGUGAUCAGACAAGUGCGUUACUAUAACUGGCAGCCCGGACCGCUAAUAGAAAGAAGAUUUCGUCUCACCUGCUCGGAGCUCAACGGACGCUACACCAGCAAUGAGUUCAACCUGGAGGUAGGCAUGCUGCACAGCUCAGAAGCUGGGGAACAUGUCAAUCACAUGGUAGCCCCGCCUCAGUACAUGCAGGUGGUCCACCAUCCGUCCAUGAUUCAUGGCCUGUAUCCCAGCCACAACUCAGGCGUGCCAAGUGCUGCCACAGUGGUGAUCGUGAUGUGUAUCGCUGCCCUGGUGGUGGUCGUGGUGCUGGGCAUCUAUCGCAUUCACCUGACACACCAGCAGGAGGUCAAGAUGGCCGAGACAGCUAAAGAGGCGGAUGCAACCUGGAACGACUCGGCUCUGACAAUCACUGUCAAUCCAAUGGAGAACCUGGAGGAGCCCCAGCCUGCAGAGGAGGAGGCCAGUGAGGAGGAGGAGGAGGAGGAGGAAGAAGAAGAGGAGGAUGACGACGACGAGGAAGAGGAGGAGGACGAUGAUAUUACCAGCGCUGAGUCAGACGACAGCGAGGAGGAAGUGGACGUCCAGCUACCCAGGAUGCAACGCUUGAGCAAGAGGGGCCAAAACUGGGACAAAACAACAAUAUCUUAUUGAAACACACAUUCACCGCCACUCACGCACACAUUCUGCGACACGUCCAUACUGAAACCUCAGAUCAGAUGGUUGAAACAAAAAGACUCUAUGUGAUGUUGAUGCUCUAAAAAUGAGGUUAUACCUCCCACUACUGGAAGACUACACUAAAACACACAUGCACACACAAACACACACACACACACACACACAGUGCAAUGAUUUAACCAUAGCCUUGUCAGAAAACCUCCCAUUUUGUACAACUGAUGAGAAAUGAUACCACACUAAAACUGCUCGUCAAUCAAAUGACUUUCAUCCUUUCUCUUUGGGACAGCUCGCCAAAUUUAGGUCAUCCCCAGAGAGAUGUAUUUCUUCUCCCAUUACAGUCCACACCACAACUACAGUCUUUAGUGGAUUCAAGUUGUUUUUUGUCAAUUAAACCCUGCACCAUACAUUCAGUUUGAUGUGUCAGAUUCCACAGUGAGAUUUCUGAUGUCCCAUAAAAAUGCAAAACAGUCUUUAUUUAAGAAAACUGAGUUGCAAAAGUAAAGAAACUGACUAUUUUUGGUUUGUAUACUUCAUGUUAUUUAUCAGUCUUUAUUCUAGCCUACGUGGCAAAGCCAGGUGAUUUUACAGAAAUAACAUAUUUUCAAUGGUACUCAAAAACAAACAAAAGAAAAAAAAGAUGAUCGGUGUGCUGUCGCAGACGUCAUGUUGAACUAGCCGAGGGGUCAGAGUUAUGGGUUUUUGGGAAAGACAGAGGAGUCUCCUUGUAAAUUUUUAUACGCUCCUUUCUUGUAAAUAGUGAAUAUAGUAGGUGACCCUCCCUUCCCUCCUCCACCCCUCUUUCUCCACCCAGAGACCCCCCUUCCACCUGUACACAACACACAUGCCACCCCUUCAUAUAUAUGUACACACCCUGAACCCUUAGCCUGCAGGAGUCUUUGCAGAAAUGACCCCUCAGUCCUCUGUGUGUGUUUCUAGCUCAGUGUUCAAAUCAUUCCAGCUGACGGCGACUUGGGUUUGUUUGAAUGGAUGUGCCACUGCCUCCAUAGCGACUGAGGCAGUUAAAGCUGCGGUAGGCAAGAAGAGAUCCCAGGCUUCUAAGUCUAAAUCAAACAGCAAGGAUGCAACAGAGAAAGGAGUCCUCUCACUAUCCAUGUAUAGAUGACAAGAUAUGCUCAAAUUAAAUUUUAGUCUUAGGUGUGUCUCAGUGCUCUAUGAGGGAAAGCUACGCUAUUAAUUCCACAAUCUCACACCUAGUAGUCAUUAAUGCUGCAUUACAACGAUGCUGGAAAGUCAGAAAUCCAUACUUUCUACAGGGAGGAAUGCAGCAGAACAGCCUUGAGUUGGAAUCCCAAAGAGACACAAUUAUCUGAUGUCAACAUUAAAGCCCCACUUCAACUGGAUUUUUGAGGCCAAAAUUAAUAUUGAUAUUUGGCUUUUAAACUAUAUAUCAGACAAUGUUUGUUUUUCUAAACAUAAAGACAACAUUUUUCAUGAGUUUUAGUUAAUAAGUAAUUGUGACCGAGUUAUGCGCCGAGCAGCACUAACAAAACUGCCAAAGCAAAUACAGCAAAGAUAUUGAAUAUUACAUAUUUUAAAUAAGAAUCUUUAUUAAUUACAUAGACUCACGAACACUGAAGUAUGUAUGUAUGUGGGCAAGCCUGAAACAUUUGGAACAUUAAAGCAGCACCAAUCAAUAUUUUUUACAUUAACAUUUGACAAAAUAACUAGAUGUAAUGUGAGGUGUCACUUACAGUAAAAAGCCCACAGAGAAUUAUCACCCAACUCUUCAGUUCCUUCCAACUCUAUAAAUCCUUUUGGGGUGUUUAAGAUUAUUGUUUUGGUUUUUCAACUUUAACCUUUAAUGUUCUGGUUCAUCAUGCAGCAGCAGAUAGCUGCACUUUCACCGCAAAAAAGCUCAGAUAAACCCACUGUACGCUACCUGCCCAGUAUCAAACGACAAAAAUACAAAGUUAGCAACUAGCUGGUGAACAUAUUGAAGCAUUUUGCAGCGCAAGGUAUUUUUCCUAAAAGCUAAAACAGAGCUAAAAAAGAGUGUAUACAGCACUGACUGUACAUUCAUCAGGUGGGCACAAACACAACUCCAAAAUGACCAAACAUAUUGUCCUGUGCCUGCUAGAUCUAUAAAUAGGCAGCUGUUUGCUAAAAAAAAAAUCCCCACAUCAACUGUAUACAGACAUAUCAUUGUGUAUGAUGUUGAUCAGUCAGGCUCUAGAAUGCACUUUUAAAGCUGUACAGCUUUAAUUUUAUGUCCAUAAUCUCCUAAAGUACAUUUUAAUAACCUUAAUGUUAGAGUAGCUAGCUAAUGCUGCCAAAUAUCACUGAGAUGUGCUGUUCUAUGUGGAAUGAAUGUAAAGAAAACUUAACUUUCCUGAUUAUCUUCCAAGCUGGAUUAAUAGAAUGCACAAAGAGUUCGGUUACAACUCACCUGCAAGAAACUUGCGACUUUCCAAACUUCUAACUGUGAAUGAAAUGCAGCAUUAAUGGAAGAAGUUUGGGUCUAGGGAAUGAAGUCACAGUACAUAAAUCCCACUUAAUUAGCAACACUUGGGGCCACCGAGUUGUGAAGUUGCCUGGUGCAACUUUAAGAUAAAAGGAGAGAGAGGCGAGCACAUUUGGCAGUGUCACAUUUGACAUAAUCAGAAAACCCAGUCGAAGGUUUCUUCACCUUGAAGUGAAUGGGCAUUAAUCUCUGGCUGUGGCCAUCCUCAAUCCAGUCUGACUGUAAUGUUUGAUAAAGGAGUACAACAACGGCAGAAUGUUUUCUUACAAGAAAACAGAUGUGGGCAGUGGUUGAUAGUACAGUCUGCCACUGAUAAAUCAAGAUUUGGUUAAAGUCACUGGACACACUGGAAAGUUUCCUCCUCUAACCUAGUGAGCCUUUGACAGCUGUCCUUUGGGUGUAGCUGGGAGAACCUACUGUAUGUGUAUACUGUAGCUCUAUGUUCAUGUAAAGAUCUCAUAUGUUGUUUAAGAGUUUUCCUCAUCUUCUGUGACACCUGGUCUUGUGACGUCACCUCUUCACUUGCAACCCCCUCACCCCCACCCCUUUUGGUGGAUUUUGCAUCGGCCCAAGCCCUAAUGUUGUCCUGAUGUUUGUUUUAGAAGAGGAGGACAGUGAAAUUAACAUGGAAACCUUGUAUAAUGUGUUGUUUUUUUAGUUUUCUUUUUUUUAAUUUUCUCUGGACUCUUUGGUCUGUUUUCCUUUGGAAUGGUCACUACAGCACUUUCUGUAAAUUGGCCAAUAAAAACUUGUUUUGGAA